CACGAACAAGGCUGCAGACAUCAUGAAAACAGAGAAGUAUCGGUAAGUAUGUUUUCUUAUCAGCGAAGGGGAUCUAAAAGUAAUAUGCCACCUCCAUUCUAUCAUCACAUCACACAUCAAGCACCACAGAUAUAGAAAAAUGAAGGGGUCUUGCUGCAGCUCUGCCGCGCGGUCGCGGCCUACAAGUGGGCUUUCGACGACAACCACCUCGGGGCCAGGAGGCGGAGUUCGCGCAACCGCGUCGAGCAGCAUCUUCUUAAUGUCAUCUAAUACUAAUACCGGCACAUCAGCUGGUGCUUGUACCUACAGUCCACUUACGAUGGUUGCCGGGUCAGCAUCGGCACCUUCCACCAGUUCGUCAUCUUCGUGCACGAGUUAUCGUACUCGGAGAAGAUAUUUCUCGAGUGGAGUGGACCGCAUGCGCAUUCCUCGCGUGUAUAUCGAGAAGCGGCCAGUCGAGGAGCUAGCCCGUGUCAACGAGCAGGGACUGCCACGACAGCAGCUUGAGAAUGCCAACUUGCAGAGCGCCAUCCCACGAAGACUCGCAACUGCAGCUGAACGCAACGCCUACACGCAGUUGUCACCUCUUCCGUCACCAAAUCUUGCGUGUUCACGCCUAACAGACUGCAUUUACCGCGGACAAGAGAUGCUUGAGGACACUGCGAAUUACAAGCAUGAUCCGUUUUCACCUCCAGAUGUUGAUGCAACGAGAACAACGAGUCUCACAGACCAAACUGUGAGUCUGAAGAACGGUUCGUACCGCAUUUCUGCGACGGGUGUACGCAUGAGUGGGAGCAAUACCCGGUUCAUUUCGGAGUGGUGGUAUCGCCACGGAGCGUCUGAAAACUACAGCGCUAAUAACGCAAUGCUGGCAAGUCAAGUUGACAGUAAUGGAGUUGGCAAGGCUCCAUCUGUUCUAGGAAGUGGUGGACCCGAGAGAUGCGUUCUAGGUGGUGCUGGCCUACAGAGCGGUGUUCUGCAGCAUGCUCUCAAUGAUGCCCACGCGCAUGAUCCUAGUGUGGUGGGUCUGCAGGACCAGGCAGCCUCUACCAGACAGCUAGAGCAGUUGUGUGUAUUGAAACAACAAACGCAAAACGCAAAGAACGUUUCUGGUCCAAACACGACACACGAUGGACCGAAUAGCAUGACGGCUGCUAGCAGCACCUAUGCGCGUCCGAAGAGAGAACGUCGGAUCUUUGUAGCGGACCUUCUGUCACCCUCAGUGUCCAGUCUGUCCGAAGAAGGUGCAGCAGAAUCAGAACAACGUGUUCCCGGAGCAAGUGGUAUCAUACCACCUGCUUUAGAUUCACUUCUGGACGACGAGGGAAAGUCUAGACGUAGUACUGCUCCAAGUCGAAAGGACGCGACCAGGAGCAUUACCACGUCGAGAACUGUAGUGGCGUCUUCAGCCUCGAUUCCACCCCCGCUGCAACCGAUGCGCCCGAAUGAGGACAGGCUAAUGCACAUGGACAACAGCUUCGUUACCAAUCUCUAUCCUCAACACCCUCUGAAUUUUACGUCGUUGAGAGCUGUGACGCAAGCAGGCAUCACGCCACUGGACCGCGCUGUGCGCGAUGUGCCUUGGGAAAGCCGUUUUGACUUGGUGAAACGCAUGAUUUUUCCCAAAUACUGCGCUCCAGUUGGUUAUGAUGAUUCUGAAUACUGUGCUCUCUAGCACUACCAAACAUCAUAGUGCUGAGUUCUUAGACUUUCCUGUUCCACCUUCUAUUGAAGAUCGACGCGACUCCGACUUCGAGCAGCAUUUGCUUACCACAAAGAGUGCUUCAAAGGCCAUCUACUUACUUAAGUUAGAUUUGAUUGAUGUACGACAGUACCGACUCCGACUAAGUACGUGGACUAUGACUAUGUCAUGAAACAAGUCGAGCCAUUUUUAGGUAGAAGAUUUUCUCCAUCACGAUCUUCAUUUUCUCGAUUUCACUCGUGGUGCCAUUUCACGCGGGACUGGCACACCUCGACGUGCGUACCAAGAAGGCUGUGUGGAGGGCGUGCGCGUGAGGCCAACAUUCAACCCGUUCGUCGACCUGAGUGACCAGAAGCGGUAUGUCUUGGACAACUGGCCCUCUCGUAACUGGUUUCAAUGGGAGCCCAACGACAACGUGAAAGUUCGUGGCGGGCGACGCUCACACCAACUACCCCGCGACAUAGCCCCGACAAAAGACGAACUCGGAGAGUGGCACCCAUGCAAGGUAGGAGUUGUUAAAUUUUGAAUGUUGAAUGGAUUGGAAUUUUUUUUCUGUGUGGGAUUUUUGGGUACUCGUUCAUCUACUUACUUAGAAGUGCUACGACAGCUACAGCCUGCAUUACUAGUAUUUCCAUUUUUUGUUGUUGGUCAUUGAGAAAAUAUCACAGCUUCCGGGACGAUACAAAGCGGAUAUUAAGAAACAGUAUGCUUAUUUCGGACUGCCAUGGGUAUGGGAUAACAACUUCAUGAACAAGGGACGACAUAUUUACGACCGAAGUGCUCCGCGCAAAGGACGGGGAUUCUGGUAUGAUUCAUAUGAUCAACUACCUUGUUUUGUCAUGCUUCUUCGCCUGUACGUCACCGGGUGAGCCUAAUUGAUGUCAUGCGCAUGUGUAUCAAGCGUUUCAUAUUUGUAUCAGAAAUAAUAAUUAUAAUAAAUAAAUAAUAAUAGAAUAGUCCUCCUAGUCCGAAUACCGAGUUGCCACGAGUUGCCGGCACUCAUAUGCCAAAAGCGGGCCACCUUUGUACCGAAGAGGUACGCCCCAGCCGAGCCCUUCAGGGCUUGGCGAGAGAAGGCAAAGGCCGGGCUACUUUUUUGAGGAUUGAAUGGCGCGCGCGCAUGCCAGCCUUGCGAGGUGAAGGGCUUUGUUUUGUUGGGUCGCUGCCUCUGCGUAUUCGUGUCUUGAUGUCGGUGAUUAUCUGGCCGCCGUUUUUGUUUCUGAUGAGUGACUGCCAGGCUGUUCGACUUGAGGGCGGCUGAAAUUUAGGAGCGAGGGCGCCUGGCCUGUCUCUUAGAACAGUGCCCUCUUAAACAGCCAGGCUCACUCUGUGCGGCGUAUUCGCCUGCGCUGUAGUGGAUUGCCAUAGUAGCGCGCGGCCUUGUGACGAGUAGCAUACGAUGCCUCCUUGAGGUAUCUUAUGACACAUCAAUAACUAAUACUAGGUACCCGUGCUAACAAAGUAGUCCCAAACUACAAGAGCAGGGCCGGGGCCCCUAGAAGCGCUCGGCGCAGUUCCUUGCUUCCCGCAAGCCACACGCGCUCCUGUGGGGCGUGUGUGGCUUGCCUGCGGUGAAGGUACGCCCUCGGGCGCAGCGAAAAGAUUUGGAAUGGAACUCGAUCAACUCGAGGAACUCGAGCAACUCGAUCCCAUAUCGGGCGAAAAAAGUCUAAUUCUAUAUAAAAUAAGAACUAGAACGGCAUCGGUCAACAUAAUCGUAAUGCUGCUGAUAUUAGUACUAAACUCUGGCUGACCCAGUCAUGCACAUGCUCUAGUUAUCUCUACCCGACACGGACACCAAUACCACAGGCGCGCACGCGAGUACCGCAAGCUGCGCAUCGCGGAUGCCUUGCGUAAGAUGCCUUCUCUUAUCGAAGAGUAUCGUAAGGAGCGUCGUGAGUCCAAACGGCUAUCAUGGUUCGAGGACAUGAUGGUUCGCUUUUGCGGUAAACUGAAUGCUCACGCACAUAUCCGAAAAAGAAAACGAGCAACCUUUUAA